UUACAUGAUGGCGGACGGCUUUGAAGGAAAUGACUCCCACAAAUUAAAACCAAAAGAAAGGAAGCAAUCUAAAAAGACAAAGACGUCUGCCCGAGCUAAGAAAGAUGAAAAGCAACAGAGGUUAAAAGAGAUUGAAACGUCCAUUCGCUCUCAAGUCGCUGCAGAAGAACGAGCUCACGACAUAGUGGAGAGGCUCGUUCUAGAAGAUUUUAUCACGGAAGACUUCCUCAUCAACUCGGGAAACUUAAUCACUACAAGCCAUUAUGCAGAUGUAGUGGUGGAGAGGAUGUUGUCCAAAAAGUGUGGUUACCCUUUGUGUAAAAAUACUUUGAACCAGAUUCCAGCCCAAAAGUACAAGAUCUUUGUAAAAACAAGUAGAGUUUAUGAUAUCACAGAAAGAAAGUGUUUUUGCAGCAACUUUUGUUAUAAAGCUUCCAAAUAUUUUGAGUCACAAAUCUCAGAUUCUCCAGUGUGGACACGGAUUGGUGAAAGCCACAAGAUGUUUGUUUUGCUUAAGAAUGACAACAGCACCAGCAGGAAUGGUUCUGGUGAAGUUCUUCUUGAGAAAGAUAGUAAACAAGAGAAUGUAAGUGAGAACAAUCCUCCAAAGAACUUGUCAUCGUCUUUGUGCACAUCUUUUCUGGCGUGCGGACCUGAAAAAUCAGUUGCAUUAGAUCAUUUAUUGGACAAAACAGAUCUGUUACUUGAAAAACCUGAACAGAUACCGAAUGAACUUGACCUUUUGCCCAAUCAUUUACUUAAAGUGCCUGCCAAAUCGUUGAGGAAGACGCUAGAUUCUGGCAAGGUUGGGAGCGAAUUUACUUCUGAAAGCGAAAGGAAGCUGGAUUUUGACAAGAAAUUACUGAACAGUGACGCAGUAAUUAAAUCUGCCCGAACUAUGUUCCAGGAAUGGUGCACACAUUCUACCUUUGAAUAUCUGGGACUCUCUGUAAAGCCAAAAGCCGCAGGAGUCACGCUAGAGGCGAAAGACAAAGACCCAGAAUCCUUCAUGGCCAGGGCUCUUCAGUUCUUCCAAGCUGCUAUGAAUGACAGUGAAGAUUCAGACUGUGAUGCAGACGCUGACGCUGGUCUAGAAAUGACCAAAGGAAAUAUAGUGAUAAAAGAAAAUAAAUCCCCAAAUCAGGAUAAAGUUUGUAAUCUGCCUCCCAUCGACUCAAAAUCGCAAAUCACCAUUAGAAGGCGAAUUGUAUUGGAAAGAUUGUUUCGAACCAUGCCAGAUUUGUUGAGUGAAGUCAAGCUGACUGUUGGGGAAGUAUCGCAUGACGUCACUCAGCUUGUUCACACCUUUAGUCUUAAUAGUAAAAACAUCACUCUGAAGCCUUUGCAGUGGAGAAUUCUCUCCUUGGCUUUGAUUCUUAUACUCGAGAGAAAGAACUCACGCAUAGCAAAAGCAAUGGAGUCUUCUAAGAAGAACUUCGACGCUCUUCUCGCUCGAUUGGAAAUCACGCGGAAAGACUUGGAACUUGUGUUGUCUCCUUUGUUUGAAGCGCAGUGUUGUCUAGUGUCAAGUUGUGUGGCAUCCAACAAUGGAUUAGUCGAGACAUUUGAAUCUAGAGAGGAAAAUAACAAAAUUUACUCUGAGGAAAGAGAAGAUUUUGGCGACAUGGAAGAGUUAGAUUGAACACAGGAAAUAAAAGAUGCCACAUUUCGCUAUUCUCGUUUGACUUUGGACUAGGUAGACUUGGAUUAAAAACACUCAAAGUGAGAUGAGCGGUUUUGACUCUCUUUAAAGAGACAUUCAAGCACAGAAAUGAUCUUCGCGUGUGGACUGCAAUCUAAGCAAUUGCAGAAAAGAAACCUGAAAAAAAAUUCAUGCCUCGACAGGAUUCGAACCCGUGCCGCCCCCUAAUUUGUGGUUUGACAGGUCUUCAAAUUUCAGCGAAUUAACGCGCGACUCGGAGAGAGUGGUACGCGAAUUAAGGAAACGGUGGAGUUGUGAUCGUUGUACGACUAUGAUUACUCUUCGUUCUGAAGGAGACUGAGUGGAACAUGAGAAAAAUUUUGAAUCAAAUAGUGCCCGAGAUGUUGAUGGGAACAACUUCAGAAUACCCGGCCGCUACUGACCGGUAUGAAUGGAUUCCUCCCGCUGUCCCGAUGUCGAAAAAUAAUAUUAAGAGGACAUUUAAACUAGUGGUCUCGCAUUCAAGCUUUCCUGAAGUCGAAGAAUAAUGAAAUGAUAGGGCCGUUAAACUAGUUCACCCGCAGUCCCGCGCUCUCGAAGUCGAAGAACGAUAUAACGAGAGGGCCGUUAAACCAGUCCUCCCGUAAUUCCGCGUAUUCGAAGUCGAAGAUUAAUUAAAAGAAAGAGAAAGUUUAACUAGCGUUUGUGUUCUCGACGGAGGGAUUUUUCAUUGCUAUAUAUGAGACAAUCAACGAUUCUAUUUUGAGUUUCGCGUAAAGAACGAGGUAAGAAUUAAAUCUGCAAGAAUUGUGAGUUCAUCUACCCAGUUUAAUGGUUGUCCUUCGCGAGGACUUUCCCUAUGAUUUGUCGGGAUUAGAAAGAUCGUUGGGAAAUUUCUUCUACCAUUUGCAAAUUAAAACGUGCAUGUUUUGUG